AUGGCUGUUUCAGCUAAAAUAAGACCCUCCAUCUUCAUCCGGCUCGUUUACGCGCUGUGCGGGGCCGACUUCGAGGCCCAACUCACCGAGUUCCUUCACGGAGGAGGAGAAGCUGAGGAGAAGCGGACGUCGCGGCUGGCGAGUGCCGCGAGUCUGCAGGAGGAGAUAGCGGACCAGCCGCUGGCGGGGAUGGCGAGGGCGGCGAGUCCGGUGGGGGAGUCGAGUCGUGACUCGGAAAAGGCGCUGGACGAUCAUGGCAAGUGCAUGGCCGAGUUGGUGUCGGGGGCUGAUCAGCUGCGGCUAAGCACACUUAGGGAGUUGAUGGGUAUACUGACACCUGUACAGGGUGUGGAGUAUUUGGUGGCUAGCAAGAAGCUUCAGCUUUGUGUCCGUGAAAUAGUGAUUGUGGGGUGGAAUAAAUCGGUGAAUGUGACUCUAGCUGUCCGCGACGAGCUUCAAGAUUCUUCCUUAACUUUGACUAAGACUAAUCGAUCUGGCUAG